CAUUGCUAUAAACAUACUCCACACACACACACACACACACACACACACACAAGUGGUUUUCAUGAAAGUGUGUGUUUGUGAUAAUGUUGUGUUAGCUAUAGAGUUAGUAUAAGGUCAGUGUUCUCUGUCCUUGUGUUUCUUCAGUCCCUCUGACUCUGACAUACAGUAUAUCUGAUAUAUACACUUACUGUGCACUUUAUUAGGAAUACCUGUACACCUCUUGUGCACUUAUCGAAUCAGCCACUAACAUAGCAGCAGAAUCCACAAAAAGUCCUGCAGAUACAGAGAUUUGUGGCAUGGCUGUUGGUAUCAAAUGGGCUGGACUGAGUAUUUCAGAAACUGAUGAUCUCUCGAGCUUACACCGGUCAGUGUGAUAAACAAACAACACUGAAAGAUGAUUGUGUGUGUGGAAGCACCUUGCUGAUGCAUUGAUCAGAGAAUUAUCAGAGGAGAUCAGACUGGUCUGAGCUGUAAAGACAGAUAUAGUAACUCAGAUGAUCACUGUACAAGCAAGGUGGACAGAAAAGCAUCUCCUCAUGCACACAACACCAAGGUGGAUGAGCUACACCAGCAAUAGACCACCUCAGGUUCCUCUCCGGUCAUCCAAGAACCGGACUCUGAGGCCGUCAUGGGCACAGUCUCUCCCAGACUGGACUGGACUGGACUGGACUAUUUCCAGUCUUAAACUGUCCAGUUCUUUUGUUUGAAGCCACCCAUUUUUCAUGUGAUGACUCCAGGAUGACAUCAUGACAUUACUCCAGAAUGAUGUGACUGACAGGUGUUUCCUGUUGCUCAGGUGAGUCCUGUUAUUCAGACUGUUUAAACUAGUGAUAUGUCUGAAUGUCUCUUGGUUUGAGUUCCUGGGUUCCACUGUGUAGUUGUUGCUAAACUUAAGAAACCAACAUGAAGACCAGAGAGCUGUCUAUGGGAAAAAUAAAAGCUGCUGAAGCUGAGAAAAGAGAGAAGACAGAGCUACUGCACAAACCUCACCAAUGACCUCCACAGGGCAGGGUGUCAGGGUCCACUAUCCACCAGUGAAGAAGACUUUCAGAGCAGAAAUAUUGAGGCCAUACCACCAGAAUUCACAAGAGAUGAGCAACACAAGACCCCAGAUGAACCUCAGCCAGAGUGAAGAAACCAAGCAGGAGUUGGAGGAUCUCACAGCUGAUAUUAAGAAGACAGCCAAUAAAGUACGCUUAAAAUUAAAAGCAAUCGAGCAGAGCAUUGAACAGGAGGAGGUGAUGAACAGAUCAUCAGCAGACCUGCGAAUCCGCAAGACACAGCAUUCCACCCUGUCACGCAAGUUUGUGGAGGUUAUGACCGAAUACAACACGACGCAGUCCAAAUACAGAGAUCGCUGCAAAGACCGCAUUCAGAGACAGCUAGAGAUCACUGGAAGAACAACCACCAAUGAGGAGCUGGAGGACAUGCUGGAGAGCGGGAAACUCGCCGUCUUCACUGAUGAUAUUAAAAUGGACUCCCAGAUGACCAAGCAGGCCCUGAACGAGAUCGAGACUCGUCACACAGAGAUCAUCAAACUGGAGAACAGCAUCCGCGAGCUGCAUGACAUGUUUGUGGACAUGGCCAUGCUGGUGGAGAGUCAGGGGGAGAUGAUUGACAGAAUUGAGUAUAAUGUGGAACAUUCGGUGGAUUAUGUAGAGCGAGCUGUUUCUGACACCAAGAAGGCCGUUAAAUACCAGAGUCAGGCGCGCAAGAAGAAGAUCAUGAUCAUCAUCUGCUGUGUAAUCCUGGGCGUGGUCUUGGCGUCCACUAUCGGAGGAACUCUUGGCUUCUAGACUCAGCCAGCGCAGAGGGGGAGGAGCAGAUCCACCAGACGUAUAUAUAUAUAUAUAUCACAUCGCUAGGAGAUCCAGAAACUCCUGUCGGGUUAUAAAUCACAUAAAAACAAAAACACACCAAAAAAACUAAAGCUAACUAGUGGAGUAAUCAUAUCUGAGAGAGAAGAGCAGGAAAACAUCAAUAAAGCUUCUAUUCCCACACUGCACAUGUAAAUGUAAUGAAGAGGAGAAACAGCACAUGGUUCCAAAACCUGUACAAAUUUAAUGCUCUUCAUUUGCUUCUUCUUUUUGCUUUCUCUAGUUUUGUUUUUUUGUUUGUUUCUUUGUUUCUGUCUUUUUGUUCGGAAGCGAUUAAUUUUUUCGGGAAGUUUAUUCCAGGACAGCGUCGCCGGCUGUGUUUCAUUCGGACCUUUCGAGCGUACACUUCCUCUGGAGGGUAUGUCAGAAAUGACCCUGAAUUACAGUCCUGCUUUCGUCAGGAGGGACUCCCAUCCAUCGCCUCAUAAAACUCCCCAAUGUUUCCUUUCUCAGCAAGCCAAAAAAAAUAAAGUCUUUAAAAAUUGAGAUAAUGGGACGUAGAGGAGGACGCGAGCAUGCGGUCACGCUAGCGCACAUUUCUGACACGCCACCUGGAGAGACGUGUUCAACUAUGCAGCUUUCUUACACACACCAACCUGCUUUUAAUACGCUUUAAACUAGAGCCUAGAAAUAAUUAUAGAUGAAUUAUUUAACAAAAAUAAAACCUUAUAAAUAAAUGAUUGAUAUAAAUUUGAAUUCUAGGGAAUGUUCAGAGAUUAGCAUGUGAACAGAAUAAGUUAAUAUUUCAGUGAGGUAUGAUUUUGAUAUGCAACUCCACUGCAGCUUUAUUUUUAUUUGCAGAGUUAAACCCGCUGAAACACUUUUUAUUCAUCAUUUUGUGCAACUUAAUAACAAAGCCUUGUUUUGCUUUCCGUCACCGAGACAUUUAAACCAUGUUUUCGAUCCUAAAGACAGAUUUUCGGCUGCGUUUCAAAUUCUCGGCUGCACCCUACACUGGGAACCACAACCGCUCUUCCACCAGUCAGACCAGUGUCCACCGCCGCACUCUGUCCUGGACUUAUCGGUAUCUGUCGGAACAGGGAAGGCGCUGGUGUAUUAUUGGGCAUGUUUGUGGGUGGAGCUGACCAGCAGGUGAUUUAUGACUAUAUAUAUCUGUUGUGUUUCGUGUGGAGUCUAGGCUCGCGGUCACCUCCGGUCCGUUUCUUCUUUUCUUCCUCAAGCCCAGUACGAACUACUGAAGCCUUGCCAAAGACACUCUCUGAUUGGCUGAUGCAUGCACGCAUCAGCAUAAGUUCCGCCCCUUUGUGUUUCUGUAACAGAUGAUGGAACGAAACAUCCAUGAACACAUUCUUCUUUUGAUAUUAACGACAGUGGUGUGGUUUUUAGGAAAAAAGCAAAAUACCUCCACCCCCUAGCACCACCCAUAUCUGAAAAGACUCCGCCCCUUUUCAGUUAUCCUCACUAAAUCCCAUGUCAGGAUGCAGCUGCUAUGAAACCUUUAAAAAGUAAUUUUAUCUGGACUUUCGGGACGCAGCGACCGGGCAGUGAAACAUGUCCAGUUCCAUCAGGUGGUGAUUGAUCACCCAGCAGAAGCUUCGAGCUCCAGUUCACAUGGAGUGCACUCGAGUCCCUCCGUUCGAGACGCGACCCUCGCUCCGCUCUGCGCUACAGUGUGUAUGAUGAUAUUAGCGUGUGUGUGUGUGUUAGUGUAAUAUGGUGUGUGUUAUAUCUCACUGCAGCAUGGUUUAGUCAUGUGUGUGUGUCGAGUGUCUGAUCACGUACACGUUCGGGGUUAAUAUGCGCGUCGUCGUCGUCGCUCUUUAUUUUUACUCUUCGUUAAAAAGGCAUGCAGCGUCUGAUUGGUCGGUUUUUGCAUGAUGACUUAGUGAUCAAGUGCGCACUUUACAGUCCGAGAACACACACCGUCACGCGCUUCAGCUUCUUAACUUAAAGGCUGUGAAUGGGGUUUCUUUAUUAUACACACACACACACACACACACACAGCGAGUGUUAAAGCUGGAGGUCAAUAAGUGUGUAUGUGUCUGUGUGUGUGUGUGUGAGAGAGUGUGUGAGCGUGUAUGUGUGUGUGAGAGAGAGUGUGUGUGUGUGUAAUGAGACCCAGAGUGUUCUGCUAGCUUGGUCAUUGCUGAGCUGUUUAUUAACUGGACGAUCUCUCAGUGGUUUUUUGCUCGUUGCUGGUUUUUGCGCUUCUUCCUCACAGUAGAAUCUUUGCUCUCGUUGGUCACAGUGACGAUUCUUCUCACUUUCUCUCUGCUGAAACACACAGGAUAAGAAGAGUCAUGUGGGCGCUGACCUGGAGGAACGCUUUCUCACUCUUUACAAAUAUAUUUAUAUAUUUAUUUAUUUAUGUAUUUAUUUAACAAUCUUUUUUUGUAACUGACAGAUGAUUUCAGUCUCUCUGUUUUUUUGAGGUUGUUGAGAAAUUACACAGAAAUGUAAAAAAAAAGAGAGAAGCAUAAAAACAAGCUUUGAGAUUUUCAGCGACCUCAAGUGUUUAUUUUGGGUUUUCUGUCCCCGUCGUUUCCUCUUCAGUUCUUCUUCUCCGUAUUAUUUUUGUUUAUUAUUUAUUUCCUGGUCUGUGGGUGUGUCCGUGGAUUUUUCCCCACUCGGCUCUGGGGACAGUGUUCCUGCGCUCCGGUGUUUAUGAAGGAGUGCAGAGGAUAUUUAUAUCAUCACCUAUAUCUCAUAAUCGGAAAAAAAAAAACAAAUGAAAUAAAGUCCAGUGACGUUUUGCUUGGGGGAGGGGGGUUGAUGAUGAUGAUGAUGAUGAUGAUGAUGUGUGAUAAAUCUGAGGAAGUGGUGUUAAAUUAAGAGUCACAUUGAAUAUGGAAUGAGUGGAAUUUAGUCAAACUGAACUGGAUCUUUCUUUGUGUCUGUAAUUAUUGUAAAUAAUUUAAAGAGAGAUUAAAAAAAGACCUGCAUGUCUAUGUAUAAAAACAAUCUCAGCGGUUCCUGUCAAAGUUACGCUUCCGGGGUGGGUUUUUUCCGCCCGAGUUUCCGUCUCUCUCCGACUGCCUGCGGCUUUUAUUUUGAAGUCGAACUCGUUCUGGGUAAAAAUUCGAGGCAGAAACGUCAGGCAGUUUGUUUGAACCUAACAGGCUCAGGCGUCUCCCACGGAGACUCUGAGAAAAACGUGCUUCCUCCAUUUCUCUCACACAGGUGGAAACAGAAGUGCAGCGGGGGUCAAAGGUCACAGCUCGGUUCCAAGCUUUGGGAUGAAUGAACUCGGCGGUUUAGUGAAUUAGCAGCGUGACCAGCGAGACGCAGUUUUAGCCUUUAGAGGAUUAAUGAGCACUAAAUACUUUAAUUCUAGACCAACCAUCUGUUCUGCAAUAUUUCAUUUGAAAAUAAUAAAAUAUUUCGUUUGGAGGUGAAGGUCAGCCUCAUCUGGAAAGCUGUGAAGUCUUUCCUCUCCUUGGCCCUGACCCAGGGGUCAGUUAUUACUUGUCCAACUCUAUUCUUUCUGGAAUAAAACGCAGCACAGUGAAUCAGACCAGCAGCGUCCAGCAGAAAUCUGUGCAAUAAUCAGUAAAGGGCUUUUAAAACCUCCUGAAUAGGUUAAAGAACCCACCGACCGCAGGUGAACGAGUGAAAUGCCGCUGACCCGCCUGCACUUUUCCUUCCACCUGCGAAGGAAGAGACGGACAACAAUAAACCGGGCGGGAAAAAGGAUUGAGUUUAGAAGGAGGAAAAAUUAACGAGCUGCAAUUUUGACGGGAAUCACCACGUUGUGUCCUUUUUUUUCCCUGUGUGUGUAUGUGUGUGUACUGUAUUGUAUAAAAAGAAAAGACAGAAACAUGCUAUCUUUCCCUCUCUCCCUCUCUCUCUCUCUCUCUCUCUCUCUGUCUUUCUCUCUCUCUCGUACUACUGUUUGCUGUUCUGUUUAGUUAGUGUGACGUGCCAGUAUACCCUCUUGACCUUUGACCCCUGUGCCCGCACUCUUCUCCCCCCCCCCUCCAUGGAUCUUUAAGACGACGACUCUAUGCAGAUGCUGUCUUUUAUAAGUGUGUCAAAAAAUUUAAGUUUGAAAAGAAAAAAAAAAGAAAAAAGAGAAACCCCGUCCAACAGACAUUAUGAAAUGAAACAAAAUGAAUAAAGAAAAGCAUUGUUCAGUGUA